AGAUUCUUGAGUACGCGCGGUGGCUGGGAAUGGAGCUUCCGGGGGAGGAGGAGCUGCUGUGGGUGGCGCGGCAGGGGCUCAAGUCGCCUCUACCGCCCAACUGGAAGCCCUGUGCCACGGAGGACGGGGAGAUUUACUAUUUCAACUUCCAGACGGGCGAGAGCGUGUGGGAG